AUGACUCGCGCUCAGCAGACCAUUUCUCUCGCCCUCUUGGUUUCUUCCCUCUACCUUGCGCUCUUCCUUGAGCUCAUCCCUCUUCCUCCUCUGAUCCAGGAGCAGAUUGUCCCUGUGCUCCCCUUCUGGGCCCUCGUCUCGUUCGGCGCAUACCUCCUCUUCCGUCUCGGCUUCGGCAUCCUCACCUUCAACGACGUCCCCAACGCACACAAGGAGCUCACGGCGGAGAUUGAGCAGGCCAAGGUUGAGCUCCGACAGCUCGGCGUUACUGUCGACUAA